AUGAAUACAAAGGAAGUAGUAGAAAAUGAAUUAUUAUUAAUUAAGGAUCAGAGUCGGAAAUAUCCUUAAUUGUGUAAGGUGUUAGAGGCAAAUAUAUUGGAAUUGGAUACGCACACCUUAUUAUAACAAUUAUUGCCUUCGAUUGUAAGCUCAAAAAAUACAAAAUUAAUUUCAUAAGGAAUAGGACUAAUCCAAAAAUUGCAGCAUUUGCUCAUGUUAACAAUAAACGAUCUUGAUAUCAUAAUUGAAUAUUUUAAUAAUUCAAAAUCGCAGUAAGAUGAAACAAUAGAUAUCAGACUGGUUUCCACCUUAAUACACAUCAUUGGUCCUGAUGUCAUUGAUUUUUCUAAUUUAAAUCACAUUCUGAAGGUCGUGAAUUUGUUAAUAUACUUUUCAUCCUCAGACAACCCAAUAAUAGCAUAAUCAUCGAUUUAAGGCAUUCUUACACUUAGUAAUGUUUUGGAGGAGCUAUUAUAGAACCAGUAAAAGAAUGUAAUAUUGCAAUCCUAUUUUGAAUUAUUGGAAUUAUUUUUUAACAUAUUUCAAGAUAAGGAGCAAUCGUUAAUUAAUGUGUCAAAUAACCUAAUAUUAUGCAAAGAUAUAUUUAUCAUACUUCUUAAAUGUGGAAAAUAUUUACAGUCCAUCGAGUAAUUUCAUUCUUUCUACUAUGAAACUCUAUAUGCAUACCUAAAAAGCAUAGAUCUAGCAUAGGAGUCAAACAUUAUGAAUAAAAUCAACAUAAUUAGAUUAAUAUUCAAUUACAUCUUGACCAUAGAAGACAAAUUUGAAUUGAUCACCCAGUUGAUGAAUGUAUAUAGCAAAUUACAACCACUUGAUUAGAGUAAGAUUGCUAUUCAUGACGGCAUUUUGUGUCUCUAUUCAAAUCUCUCAAUAUUCAAAAAUCUACUGAUAAGGCAGCCUUCUGGUAAUGUCUACAAUGGUAUUCAUUAACCUUCAUCAUAUUUAGACUAUAAUGAUUUAAUAUUGAAGUCAAUCUACCAAUAUUGUCUAUUCGGAAUAAAAGAAUUCUAGACUCAAUAAUCCCCAAAACAGAAUAUUUUAAUAAACAAAUUGACAGCCUCCUACAUUGAUUGCAAUUUACAAAUGCUACCUAAUAUUUUCAUAUAAUAGAUAAAAACUUUAAUUUAGCUAAUUACUGAUAAUAUCCUUAAAUUUCUAUAGUAGGAUGAAUAUUAGAAGGAAGGGAGUGGGUUAUUGCAGGAAAUCAAAAAUCAAAGUCGUCUUCUCCAAUCUUAAUUAUUUAAUGGGGAAGUUGAUGAUUAAAUUACAGAGAUACAAGAAACUGAAAGCGAUGAUAUAAAAUUCAGAACUUUAUUCGAUAAACUAUGGAGACCUCUUCUACGAAUUAUGAAGCAGAUUCUAAAAAUAGCUAAUAAUUAAUAAUAUACAAGCUUGUUAGAAUAUCUAUAAUCUUGGAUCUAAUGUAGUCUAUAGUAAGAUUAAAUUAGUAGUUUUCAAUUGUUAAUCAGGUUUUUGGCUGCUUAAUCUGCACCAUUAUCUUUAAAGUAUAUUGAAUCAGAUAAAUGGUUAAUUGCUUGUAAAGUAUUUGAAGAAAUCCUUUAUAAUAAUGCCAAUUUAUUAACUGCAAAAACAUGGAAUCUCAUAUUCUAAACUUUACAAAGAAUCGAAUAGGUGGUCACAAAGUCAACAGAGAUAAAGAUGACUACUGAGAUCUUUAUUCUCAGUUCUUAAUAUCAUGAUUCAACUGUUUUUUAAAUGGUUGAUGGUUUAAAUUAGUUAGCGCUUUAGGUUUCGGAGCGACUUCAAAUUAGUUAAAAGAAGAAUUUUGAUUCCAUUUAUAAAUCAUUUGCAAUAGACAAACUAUUACUCAUAAUCAAAAAUAACUGGCAAAGGAUAGAUUUGUUAUGGACUAUCGUAGAUGCUUUAUACUUAUGUCUUUGUAGUUCUAAAGUAAUGGAAAUGAGACUAAAUGCUAUAAAUACAUAUAAGGACACAAUAUUUUCAGGGAUUGAGUAUAGUAAGAAUAAUAAAUUCAAAUGGGGUGAAAAUUGGAUCUAAUAUUUAUUAAAUCCUCUUGCUGAAUUAAUACUUCUACCUUAUGAGGAUGUCACUGAAAAUAUUUUAUCAUUAUUAACUAUUCUAAUUAAGGAGCAUGCUAAGUAUUUGCCUCAGUAAGCUUUUGCAGUCUUUGUUUCAUUGAUUGAUACUGUGUUACAUGAUUUUUUAAGUAAAGACCUGAUUCAAUAGGAAAUAAGCUAAUAAGAACAUAAAUCGUUAAUUUUCAGAACUCAAUUAUCAAUUGAAUGCAUGUCUGAUAUAAUAUUCAAUCAUAUCGAUAAUUUGGACAAUUAAUCAAUUAGCAAAUUAGUCAAACUAUUAGUGUCUUUGAAUAAGCAGGAUGAAUUUAAUUAUGAAAUUACAAAUAAGAUCAUCUGUAUGACUUGGCGAGUUCAGGAGAAACUAGUAAAACUAGAUAUAAAGGACUAUGAGUUAUGGUAAAUUACCUUAAAGCUAUUUAAAAAUUGUUUAGACAAUCAAGAUGACCUAAAAUAUGCAUCUAUUCAUAUUUCUAGUUAAAUUUGUUCUAUUGCUAAGGAUUCUUAAUUUACAGACUUGUUUGCAUUACUAGAAGAGUUGAUAUAACAUUCGAUGGAAUAUUAUCUUAAAGUAGAAUAGCAUCAACUAUCUCUCAUUUAAUAGACCCCUAGAUUCACUUAAUUACCAAUGGAAACUCCUAAGUUCUAAGGAUCAAUUAAGUAGAUGAUUUUUGACAAAUCUACUUCGUUGUAAUUGUUUAAGCAACAGUUUGAAUUAGUAAAGUUGUGCAUUUCAAAAAUAAUAGAUGUGAUCAUUAGCAAAUAAUAAUAUCCUAAAUUCUACUAUUAUUUACAAUUAUUUAACUAAGCAUAAUGUGUUUAUGUGAAGCAUGAAAUAGUAAUGGCUUGUCAAAGAAUUAUAUAGUCAAAUUAAGAGAAGCAAUUACUCAUUGGAUCUAUUGAUUUCUUAGUAACAUUAAUUAAUCAUGAAUAAACUUUGGACAUGGAGGAUAUCUAAUACUAUCUAGAAAAUAGAACAUUCCAAAUCUUUUGUGAUGUGAUUAAAUUAACCAUACCAAUAAAUCAUAAGAAAGGAUUGCAUGCAUUAUAGUUGCUUUUCAAUUUUUUAUGUCAGGAUCAUGUAAUUCAACUAUUAAAUGAUGACAAUAAUGUGUUCAAAUACUAUUAUAAAUAAUGCUUUUCAAUUGAUAAUCUUGAAGAAGAAGUAGUCGCUGAAUGGUUGCACUUUAUAAAUUAACAAAUUUCUUAAUUAGGGAUUAUUGUAAAGCAUCACUACUUCAUUGAGUUCUUAAUAAAUAGUUUUGAAGGAAUAAUUAGUAAGAGAUAAUUAAAUCAAAAUGAUUUGAAUGAAGCAAAUAAAUUUGUGGGUGUUUUGAAUGGUUUUUUGAAUAAAUGUUAAAGAUUUAUGAAUGACAAUUCUGAAAAAUUACAAUUAAUUCUGAUUACAAAACUAAAAAAUAUCAUAACCAUAAUGAUCCCCUUUUUAGAUUAAAAUUCGAUUCAAUAGUUGUUUGAACCUCUUAUUUCAUCCUAAUUAACUGUAUCUAAUAAAAGAACGCAAGAUUGGAUUACAUUUUUCAUAAAUGAUGCACAAUAUUUAAAUAUUGAACAAUAACACGUUGUCGUUUAACUCUUUACUAAUUAUUACAUAAACAAAUUAAGUGCAUCAGAGAUGGAAACAAAAGAAAUGAUAAUUAUUAGUUUAGUUGGAUUUUUAGAGAUGGAUAAUUCAAUCGUAGAAAAAUUUUCAUUAUCUAUUCGGGUUCCUCUUUUAAAUAGCAUUCAUGACAAUUUAAAAGUGUUUUUGAAUGAAGAAAAUGCUUCACGUGAGAAACAAUUUAAUAUUGAACUUAUGUUGGAUUAUUUAAGUAGACUAGACAAAAAUGAUUUGAAAGAAUUUUAUUUAACAUUUGUGGAGAUGAUAAAAUGUGAGUAAUUAGAAAUCAGAACUAAACUAAUCACACUUCUUGGUAAAUAUUUUUGA